UGUAUUAGGGUUUAUCACUGUGAUGACUGGGGUGGUCACUGUGAUCUAGAUCCAUACAAAAACCUAAGAGCUAUAGUCUUACACUCUGACAUUCUUGUGAUGGAAGAAAAGGACAGGACAAAAUAUUUCUAGUUCCAACUUGAGGUUUUUGUUCAAGCAGUGAGUGGAGAUGUAGCACUGUGAUGCUUAUUUCGACUACUGGGGUCGUGGGACUCAGGUCACAGUAUCUUCAGGCACUUCAACUCGACCAACUGUAUUUCCUCUGAUGCAAUGUGGUUCGGGGAGUGGAGACACGGUCACUCUUGGCUGUCUUGCCACCGGUUUCACACCCUCCUCACUGACCUAUUCAUGGACCAAAGGUGGGACUCCAUUGACGGACUUCAUUCAGUACCCUGCAGUACAGAAAAACAAUGUUUAUAUGGGGGUCAGUCAAAUCCAAGUGAGCAGACAGGACUGGGACGCAAGGCAGACUUUCCAGUGUGUCGCGACACAUGCAGCGGGAAAUGGACAGGCUGAUAUCGUGAAGCCAAGACUUGUGUCUCCAAACAUCACACUAUACCCUGUCUGGGAAGGAGAAGUGGGGUCCUCACCAGUCAGACUCAUCUGCACCCUAAGUGGCUUCUUUCCAGACAAACUGAGUGUGACCUGGCAACAGAACAACCAACGUCUAAACAUUGUACCAAUUCAAAGAAAGCUGCAGAGCCUGGAGGGAAUGGAGAAAACCUUCAGUCUAAGCAGUGAGAUUGAGCCAAAUAUGAAACGGUGGUCAGAUGGCUCAAGUUUUACAUGCAAGUCCAAUCACAACAACAAGGAAUCCAUAAAAACAAUAAGUUUUUGCCAAAUCCAUGCAAGAACUACUCCUUCUAUUCAUGUGGACAUUCCCAGCUUCAGGACAGUAAUGACAGCCAAGACUGAGGUGAAGGCAACAUGUUCAGUCCUCACUGUGUUUGAUGCCAAGGUGACCUGGCAAAUAGAUGGGACAGACCCAAUCAAAACCCAAGUUAACCUGGCCAGAAACGCAUCUCAUUUAAUAAGCACUCUGACGGUUUCCUCAAGUAAGUGGAAACAGCUGAGGGUUGUAAAAUGUAAAGCUGAACAUCGCUGCUUCUCAUCCACUGAGGAGACCGUAAAUGUUUCAGAAAAUGUCAUUCGGACUCCAUCAGUUGAGAUCAGGAGAUCUCUCCCAGAUUUGCUGAAGGGAAACAGUGCUGUGCUGGAGUGUGACAUCACGCAACUCUCCUCCAGUGACCUCUAUGUCACCUUUCAGGCCAAUGGGGUUGACAUUUCUGACAGGCAGUAUGUUGAUCUUCCUGAAACCCCAGGCCUCCAUUCAAUCAGUAGACGAUUCACUGUCCCCCAAAAGUACUGGAAGAAUGACACAAGUUUCACCUGUAAAGUGAAUCAAGGCUUCUCCAGCACCUUUGAGUCAAACUCCACAGGCAAUAUUUUUGUGAACCCAUCAAUGGAGCUCCUUGUGGGCCCCAGUGAAGAGUCAGGACCACAGAGACUCAUAUGCUCUGGAUGGGGCUUCAAUCCUCAAAUUAAAUGGUUUCAUGAGUCUCAGCAAAGAUCUUCUUCAACCGAUGAGAUCAGCAUGAACGCAGAUGGUCGUGUGGCAGUAACCAGUCAACUUCAUAUCCCUCAAACGGAGUGGAAAACAGGGAAGGUCUUCACUUGUGAAGUAUCUGACAAGUCUCUGAACAUAAAUGUCAGAAAGGACAUCAGCCUGUGCUCAGUGUCAGUUCAUUCAGACUCCCCUCCUUCCAUUCAUGUGGAGAUUCCCAGCUUCAAGACAGUAAUGAUGGCAACAUCUGAGGUUAAAGCAACAUGUUUGGUCCGCACUGGUUUUGGUGCCAAAAUCACCUGGCUUAUGGAUGGGACAGUCUCAACCAGUAAUACAGUGAGCCAGGAUACAAACACGACUCACAUAAUAAGUAAAGUGACAAUUUCCUCAAGCCAGUGGAAAAAACUGAAGCAUAUAACAUGCAAAGCUGUCCAUAAGUGCUUCUCACCCACUGAAAAGACUGUGAAUGUUGCAGAACCUGCAGUUACAGCUCCAUUGGUUGAGAUCAGGAGAUCUCUCCCAGAUUUGCUGAAGAGAAACAGUGCUGUGCUGGAGUGUGACAUCACGCAACUCUCCUCCAGUGACCUCUAUGUCACCUUUCAGGCCAAUGGGGUUGACAUUUCUGACAGGCAGUAUGUUGAUCUUCCUGAAACCCCAGGCCUCCAUUCAAUCAGUAGACGCUUCACUGUCCCCCAAAAGUACUGGAAGAAUGACACAAGUUUCACCUGUAAAGUGAAUCAAGGCUUCUCCAGCAUCUUUGAGUCAAACUCCACAGGCAAUAUUUUUGUGAACCCAACAAUGGACCUCUUUGUGGGCCCCAGUGAAGAGUCAGGACCACAGAGACUCGUAUGCUCUGGAUGGGGCUUUAAUCCUCAAAUUAAAUGGUUUGCUGAGUCUCAGCAAAGAUCUUCUUCAACCGAUGAGAUCAGCAUGAAUGCAGAUGGUCUUGUGGCAGUAACCGGACAACUUCAUAUCCCUCAAACAGAGUGGAAAACAGGAAAGGUCUUCACUUGUGAAGCAUCUGACAAGUCUCUGAACAUCAAUGUCAGAAAAGACAUCAGCCUGUGCUCAGUGUCAGUUCAUUCAGACUCCCCUCCUUCCAUUCAUGUGGAGAUUCCCAGCUUCAAGACAGUAAUGAUGGCAACAUCUGAGGUUAAAGCAACAUGUUUGGUCCGCACUGGUUUUGGUGCCAAAAUCACCUGGCUUAUGGAUGGGACGGUCUCAACCAGUAAUACAGUGAGCCAGGAUACAAACACGACUCACAUAAUAAGUAAAGUGACAAUUUCCUCAAGCCAGUGGAAAAAACUGAAGCAUAUAACAUGCAAAGCUGUCCAUAAGUGCUUCUCACCCACUGAAAAGACUGUGAAUGUUGCAGAACCUGCAGUUACAGCUCCAUUGGUUGAGAUCAGGAGAUCUCUCCCAGAUUUGCUGAAGAGAAACAGUGCUGUGCUGGAGUGUGACAUCACGCAACUCUCCUCCAGUGACCUCUAUGUCACCUUUCAGGCCAAUGGGGUUGACAUUUCUGACAGGCAGUAUGUUGAUCUUCCUGAAACCCCAGGCCUCCAUUCAAUCAGUAGACGCUUCACUGUCCCCCAAAAGUACUGGAAGAAUGACACAAGUUUCACCUGUAAAGUGAAUCAAGGCUUCUCCAGCACCUUUGAGUCAAACUCCACAGGCAAUAUUUUUGUGAACCCAUCAAUGGAGCUCCUUGUGGGCCCCAGUGAAGAGUCAGGACCACAGAGACUCAUAUGCUCUGGAUGGGGCUUCAAUCCUCAAAUUAAAUGGUUUCAUGAGUCUCAGCAAAGAUCUUCUUCAACCGAUGAGAUCAGCAUGAAUGCAGAUGGUCGUGUGGCAGUAACCAGUCAACUUCAUAUCCCUCAAACGGAGUGGAAAACAGGGAAGGUCUUCACUUGUGAAGUAUCUGACAAGUCUCUGAACAAAAAUGUCAAGAAAGACAUUAGCUUCUGCUCAGUCACUCCAACAUCUACUCAGAUAGGUGCCGUAUUUGUUCAGGGAUCACCACUCCAGGAGAUUCAGAAUAAGGGACAGGUGACUAUCACUUGUCUUCUGGUCGGUCCUUCUCUAAUUGAUUUCUCCAUCACUUGGAAAAUCAGUGGUAAGAAAUAUUCUCACAAUGUCCAUACGGAGCCACCAGUGAGUCACAGCAAUGGGACGGAGACUUUGAGGAGUUUCCUAAAUGUGUCAGUGGAGGAUUGGCAUGCAUUUAAACAAGUGUCUUGUGAAGGAAAGCACCGAUGUUCCAACCAUGGCUUCGAGGACCAUAUAAGCAAAAGCAGAGAUGUGCAACCACCAACAGUGAAAAUUAUACAACCUACUGCCGCCGAGUUGUCUACGUCAGACGUCUUCACACUUGUUUGCCUCGUUUCGGGAUUUUUCCCAUCUAACCUCAUAGUAUACUGGAAAGUGAAAGGCCAGACACUCCCUUCAACUCGCUACACCAACAGUCCUGCAUGGAAAUACACAGGGAGCAGUACUUAUUCAAUGAGCAGCAGACUGAAUGUAUCCAAAACUGAGGACAAAGACUCUACGUACUCCUGUGUUGUCAAACAUGAGUCAUCUGAAACACCUUUUGAAAGCACUAUAAAGGAUGUGUUUGCUACUGUCACAGUGACACUGAACCAACCAAGUGCCAAAGAAAUUUUCAGUAACAACGAGGUAAAGUUGGAGUGCAUCGUCACUGGACGAGACAAGUCCAUUGUAGAUGAAAUCCAAGUCACUUGGCAAAUUGAUGGACAAACUGUGGCAGAAAACAUUACAGAAUCAACAGUAUCAUCCGAAGGUGAUCGGCACAGCAAAACCAGCACAAUGACUCGUACUCGCACUGAGUGGCAGGGAGUCAACAAAGUGCGCUGUUCUGCUGCUAGAGAAGACAUGACUACAGUUGUUCAAGAUCUCACUGUCCAGAAAGGAGAUAUAAGUAAGACAAAAGUGACAGUCCACGUUCUACCAGAAGAAGUCAUUAAAGAAGCUGAGGUCAGUCUGGUGUGUCUGGUCUCCAGUCCUGUGCUGCAGGAUUCCUACAUCGCCUGGUCAGAAAACAUUGGAAAAUCCCCUGGCAUCUAUAAGGAUGGCAUUAACUUCCCCCCACAGAAGACCAAGGAUGGCUACUUAGUAACAAGUGUUUACACCACGUCCAAGGCAAAGUGGGAGACCACUGGGAACACGUUUGAGUGCAACGUCUGGGUUGCUGGCAGCAAUUCGUCCAUGAAACCACGAGCUGUGUCUAAGGCCCAGGAUUUUGAUCCAGAGUCAGAACUGAGUUGUGCUCUGAGCUGCACAGAUGAAGAGGAUGAGUUCAGCAGUCUGUGGUCCACAGCCUCCUCCUUCAUAUUCCUCUUCAUAUCUUCUCUCUUCUAUAACAUGAUAUUCAGCCUGGUCAAGAUGAAGAAAUAAUAAAGAAGGAGAGAGAUGCACAGUGAGACAGACUGCAUGACUUUGUUUGUUUUUUGUCUUUUUUAUGUAGUUUUAAAAACGUGCAAAAUCGAUAAUAUACUGUAAAUAUUCCAAAUCAAAUGGUUCUCAUGUAAUGAUUGACUGAGUCAGUGAAAAUGGAUUUCUCUGCAACCUGUAAAACUCAAAAAUAUAACUGUAAUUCCUAAUUGUUUAAAUAAAUGAAUAAAUAUGUGCACUGUUGUUA